AUGGGGUUCCGUUAUACCACUCCAUAGUUGGCGUAAAGGGUUGCCAGCGGAGAGAGAGAGUCGCAGAGGGAAUUUAUAAUUAGUAGACGACCGAAAGAGAAAAAGAGAGGAAACUCGGAGGCUCACAGUAAAAGAGCUCUCGUCAUUGUCGUCGUCGCAUUGGCGGUCUCUGUGAGGUCGCCAGUUCAGUACUCGGAAAAAAAUGGUGGAUCAGUGCGCGUUAGGCUGGAUCUUGGCCUCAGUUCUCGGAGUCGUGGCGCUGUAUCUCUUUUUUGGCGGGAAAAACUGCGGCGUUUCGAACGGACGGAAGCGUGAGAGCUUAAAGAAUAUCGCCACUAUAAAUGGAGAAUGCAAAUCGAGUAACAGCGACGCCGACAUUAUCAUUGUCGGAGCCGGAGUCGCCGGAUCGGCUCUUGCCUAUACUCUCGCCAAGGAUGGUCGUCGUGUACAUGUGAUUGAAAGAGACUUGACAGAACCGGACAGAAUUGUUGGUGAAUUAUUACAGCCUGGGGGCUAUCUUAAGUUAACAGAGUUGGGACUUCAAGAUUGCGUGGAUGAUAUUGACGCCCAACGAGUGUAUGGUUAUGCUCUUUUCAAGGAUGGGAAGGAUACUAGACUGUCAUACCCCUUGGAAAAAUUUCACUCAGAUGUGUCUGGGAGGAGCUUUCACAAUGGGCGCUUCAUUCAGAGGAUGCGUGAGAAGGCCGCAACCCUGUCCAAUGUGCGCUUGGAGCAGGGAACAGUCACUUCUCUGCUCGAGGAAAAUGGUAUUAUCAAAGGUGUGCAAUACAAAAACAAAUCUGGCCAAGAGACGACAGCUUAUGCCCCGUUGACUAUUGUUUGUGAUGGAUGCUUUUCAAAUUUGCGACGGUCUCUUUGUAACCCUAAGGUGGAUGUUCCCUCUUGUUUUGUUGGCCUUGUACUUGAGAACUGUGACCUUCCUCAUGCAAAUCACGGACAUGUUAUACUAGCAGACCCUUCUCCUAUUUUGUUCUAUCCCAUUAGCAGUACGGAGAUCCGCUGUUUGGUGGAUGUGCCUGGUCAGAAAGUUCCUUCCAUUUCAAACGGUGAAAUGGCCAACUAUUUGAAGAAUGUUGUUGCUCCUCAGAUUCCCCCUCAACUUUAUGAUUCCUUCAUAGCUGCUGUUGAUAAGGGUAAUAUAAGAACAAUGCCAAACAGAAGUAUGCCAGCAGAUCCUCUUCCUACUCCAGGAGCCCUAUUGAUGGGCGAUGCUUUCAAUAUGCGUCAUCCUCUUACUGGCGGAGGAAUGACCGUUGCAUUGUCCGACAUUGUUGUUCUUAGAGAUCUUCUCAAGCCUCUGCGUGAUCUGAAUGAUGCACCCACUCUCUGCAAGUAUCUUGAAGCAUUCUACACUCUCCGCAAGCCAGUGGCUUCGACGAUAAACACGUUGGCAGGUGCCCUUUAUAAAGUGUUCUGUGCCUCACCAGAUCAGGCUAGAAAGGAAAUGCGUCAGGCUUGCUUCGAUUAUUUGAGCCUGGGUGGAAUCUUCUCGAAUGGACCAGUUUGUUUACUCUCUGGGUUGAACCCUCGCCCAUUGAGCUUGGUUCUCCAUUUCUUCGCAGUGGCAAUAUACGGUGUUGGCCGGCUGCUGAUCCCAUUUCCUUCUCCCAAACGCGUCUGGAUUGGAGCCAGGUUAAUUUCGAGUGCGUCAGCAAUUAUCUUUCCCAUUCUCAAGGCUGAAGGAGUAAGGCAGAUGUUUUUUCCCAAAACCGUUGCAGCUUAUUACAGAGUCCCCCCCGUCGUGUGAGAGAGAGGUGAGGUGAUAGGCGACACUUAAUGAACAAGAGAUGAUUAGGAUGACUAGGAGGGUUGUGUGAGAUGAACUAAUGUUUUGUAUCGAACCAUUUUGGUUGUGAAAAUUUUUCUUCCAAGUUGUCGUCUUGACGAUGCUUUGUAUAAAUGCACUCGCUAAUUAUUCUACCCUUUCUAUGGAGUUGUGGGAUGGUAGUUGUCCUAAA